AUGUCGACCAGGAAAGAGGAGUUUCGAAAGGGAGCGCGACCUAAGCAGGAUGACGGUGACGGUCACCGACGGAAACCGUUCCGGAGACCGACGGGGGGCGACUCGGAUGACGAUUAUUCGUCUGACGAGGACGCGGUGCCGAAGGGAAAGCGUGCGAAGGAAGCUGUCGCAUCGCGAGGCCGAGGCGCGGAUCCUGGCGAAAGGGCGAAGGCCGCGAAGGGCUCUGCGAGCGACAAGCGAGUGAAGGGUGCUGCUGACGUGUCAGUUAAGGAUCGGCCGAAGGUUCAGUAUUCGUCGGAUGAAUUUUCGGCGGAAGAGGAGGACGAGGAAGAAGCGGAUCUCGUGCAUAGGAAGAAACGCGACGGGAUGCACAGCAGAGUCAAUGGCGAUGCGAAGAUGAAAGAAGGGAAAGGCUUGAAGGGCGAGGAGGGGAAAUUGGGUGUCUCGGGAAGUAAAGAAUCCGGGAAAGUGAGCUUUAAGAAGGGAAAAGGGCCGCGAGACGGUGGUGAGAAGGGCGAGAGGGAGGACGAGGGUGGGAAGGGCAAACGGUCGUUCCGGCCUGGUAGGAGAGACGAGGAGAGCGAGGAGUGGGACGAGGAGGAGGAGGAGGAUGGGGGGGAAGUGGGCAAGGAGGAGGAGGAGGAGGAGGAGGCAAAGGAGGAGGCAGCAGAAAAGGCAGCAGAGGAGGAGGAAGAGGAGGUGGAUCCGCUAGAUGCGUUCAUGAACUCUUUAGUGCUCCCAGAGGUCGCCAAGCUAGACGCCAAGGAUGCCGCCCGGCCCGCCGCCCGGGCGGGAGGCGCAGAGCCAGCAGCGGGCGGCAGCAGCUCGUCCCAGGCUGCCAACGGUGGAGAUGCGCUGAUGGGGGCGGGGUCUGGUGGAGGGGCGGACAAGGAUGGCGCCAAGGGAAAGAAAGAGAAGGAGAAGGGGAAGGAGAAAGAGAAAGGGAAAGCAGAGGGGAAGAGGAAGGGCAAGGGACCCAAGGGGCGCAUGGUGUUUGGUGUGGACUCUGAGUCAGAAGACGAGGGGGGAGGGGCGGGCGAGUCAGGCGAGGAGGAGGAGGGCGAGGAGGGAGGGGAGGGUGGCAAGAAGGGAGAGGAGGAGGAUGCGGAGUUUGUGAAGCGAGUGACAGCCGUGGCGCAGACCAAGGCGGAGAAACUCGCCCCUGUGGACCACGCGCAGAUGCAUUACGAGCCGUUCAGGAAGAACUUUUACAAGGAGGUGAAGGAAGUCGCAAAGAUGACAGCCGAUGAAGUGGCUCUGUACCGGCGCGAGCACGAGUUCAAGCUGAGAGGCAAGGACGUGCCGAAGCCGGUGCACACGUGGGUGCAGAGCGGGCUGAGCAACAAGGUGCUGGACGUUCUCAAGAAGAUGGGGUUUGAGAAACCGAUGCCCAUCCAGGCGCAGGCGCUGCCCAUCGUGAUGAGCGGAAGAGAUUGUAUCGGGAUUGCCAAGACUGGGUCGGGGAAGACGCUGGCGUUCGUGCUGCCCAUGCUGCGACAUAUCAUGGACCAGCCCCCACUUCAAUCCGGAGAUGGUCCCAUAGGCCUGAUUCUCGCCCCCACGCGCGAGCUCGUGCAGCAGAUCUUCACUGACAUCCGCCGCUUCGCGCGCCCCCUCGGCCUCUCCUGCGUGCCCGUCUACGGCGGCUCCGGCGUGGCGCAGCAGAUCAGCGAGCUCAAGCGCGGCGCCGAGGUCGUGGUGUGCACGCCCGGGCGCAUGAUCGACAUUCUGGCGACCAGCAACGGGCGGAUUACCAACCUCAAGAGGGUGACUUACUUGGUGCUGGACGAGGCGGACCGCAUGUUUGACAUGGGCUUUGAGCCGCAGAUCGGACGGAUCAUUGGGAAUACAAGGCCGGAUAGACAGACGGUGCUGUUCUCGGCCACGUUCCCCCGCCAGGUGGAGACCCUUGCGAGGAAGGUUCUCACUAAACCGAUAGAAAUACAGGUCGGAGGGCGCAGCGUUGUCAACAGCGACAUCACCCAAACGGUGGAGGUGCGGCCCGAGGGAGAGCAGCGCUUCCUGCGCCUCCUGGAGCUGCUGGGCGAGUGGUGCGACAAGGGCAAAAUCCUCGUCUUUGUGCACUCCCAAGACAAGUGCGACGCGCUCUUCCGUGACCUCCUGAAAUCCGGCUACCCAUGCCUCUCGCUGCACGGCGCCAAGGACCAGACCGACCGCGAGUCCACCCUCCAGGACUUCAAAACCAACGUGUGUAACUUGCUAGUGGCUACUAGUGUGGCAGCUCGAGGAUUAGAUGUUAAGGAAUUAGAGCUGGUGAUUAACUACGAUGUGCCGAACCAUUACGAGGAUUAUGUGCAUCGGGUGGGGAGGACCGGGAGGGCCGGGAGGAAAGGGUGCGCGGUGACGUUUAUCAGUCCGGAAGAGGAUCGGUUCGCGCCGGACCUGGUCCGAGCCUUGGAGCUGUCGAAGCAGCCGAUUCCGGAGGAUCUUAAAGCCAUGGCUGAUGCGUUCACUGCCAAGGUGAAGGCGGGGAGCGUGGUGGCGCACGGGAGCGGGUAUGGCGGGAGCGGCUUUAAGUUUAACGAGGAGGAGGAAGCUGCUAAGAAGGCGCUGAAGAAAGCCCAGGCGAAGGAGUAUGGUGUGGUUGUGGAUGAGGAGGAGGGGGGCGAGGAGGAGGAGGAGAAGGAGGAGAAGGAUGGCAGCGGGGCGAUUCGGAGGGUUGAGGCGCCGAGUGCGGGUGGCGCGGCGGCGUCGGCGGCUCAGAGUAUCGCAGCGGCGGUGGCGGCUGCUGCGGCUGCGGCUGCAGCGAACCAAGCAGGGGGCGCGGUGCCGGCAGGGGCAGCGACGAAUCCGAUCCAAGCAGCCGUGCAGGCGAGGAUGGCCCAGAUGGGUAUCACUCCUGCUGCUGGCGCUGCUGGUGCCGCUGGUGCUGCCGGUGCUGCUGCUGCCCUUGCGAACCCGCUCGCCGCCUCCCUGGUGGGAGCGGCAGCAGCAGGGGAAUCAGCAGCGACCGCCAUCGCCUCAGCAGCCGCCGCAGCCCCAACCCCGGUCUCCCGCGCAGCGGCCUUCGCAGCAGCCAUCAGCCUCCAGCACAACUUAGCCAAACUUCAACCCGCCGAACCGGUCAAAGCGCACUACGAAGCGGAAUUCGAGAUCAACGAGUUCCCGCAGCACGCGCGGUGGAAGAUCACCCACAAGGAAACCCUAAACCAGAUCAUCGAGUGGACGGGCGCGUCUGUGACGACGCGCGGGCUGUACUGCCCGCCGGGCAAGGCAUUAGCGGCCGGGGAGAAGAAGCUGUAUUUGUCGAUCGAGGGGCCGACGGAGGCGAGUGUGAAGAAGGCCAAGGUGGAGAUCAAGCGCAUCAUUGAGGAGGCCAGCGCUGCUGACGCAUCGCACCAGCAGCGCCCCGUGCAGCCUGGACGGUACUCUGUCAUGUGA